AAGCAGUGCGUGCCCGAGCCGCGAGUAGCUCGCCAGGGAAUGUGUUUAUGUGUCCCGAACGACGGUGGAUGUUUUUAUUCAAACGCGUGUGUGAUCGGGCUGGUGAAAAGUGACAGUGCCCAAUCAAUCUGCUUCAUAAACAGAACAAUACACCACAGGCUUGCGGGCGCCGCGACUGCAGCCUCGAGAGAGUUGGCAACGUCGCAUAUUCAGCUGUGCGUAAAACUGUCAGAGAGGAAGCAAGAAAAAAGAAGGACGAUUGGAAUACGAAAUAAAUCGGCUAGUUUGUCCGUCCGAGCCGAGUGACAGCGGCGAUGGCAGUACCCUGAAGGUGACCAUGCCCUGAGCGGACCGAGGAUGCCGGUGGUGCUGUUGGACAGACUACCCCUGCCCUCGCUGCCCGCGUACACAGCGGUCAGCGUGUCCCUGCUCGCCUGCAGCCUCUAUUAUGCGGCCCAGAACGCCCAUCAACUCGACUUGGAGCGACAGCCGCCCUUGGCCGAAGGACAACUCGACCUGGCCACCCUGUGCUGGGUCUUCGGCAGGCGAUGCUCGACAAUUCUCACCUUCAUGAUCCACGAGCCCUUCUGCAUUUGGCCGCUGGUGAACAUGGCCUACUGCGUGUUGGUGCUGCUGGGAAAGUGCAUCCAGAGCGCCGUUUUUGGCGAGCUACGCGUCUCCGAGAGCAAUGCCAUUAAAGACACGUUCUGGAACUUUGUCUUCUACAAGUUCAUCUUCAUCUUCGGCGUGCUCAGCGUGCAAAAGCUGGAGGAGGUGGUCCUCUGGUGCUCGUGGUUCACCCUGCUCGGCUUCCUCCACCACUUGGCCCAACUUGCCAGAGAGAGGGCCGAAUAUUUAAGUAUGUCUGUGAGCCCUGGACGUGAAAGAUGGAGACACGUUCGCCUCCUAGCCUUGCUUGCGGCCAUUCUUCUGGCCUCUGGAGCUAUGCUUCUGGUCUGUGUUGCAGUCGGCCUUCUUAUUUCCCUCAACACCUUUGCUUUUAUGGGUGCAGAGUGCAUUCUCCUUACUCUGCGAACGCUUCAAACAAUGCUGCGCUACUUGCUUCACCUUUAUGAUGUGGCCCACUCCGCAAAUCCAGUGCAUCACUUCUUCCCUAGUGUGAAAUUCCCAGCGGCCAAGGGUCACGCCCGACAAAAACUUAAUGAGAAACUGAGUGGCGACGAAAAGAGCAACGACAGUUCCUUGAGAGAUAAUGUUGCAUCAGAUGUGACCGACAACACAGCCUCUAGUCAGAAAUGGUGGGUGCGUGGUGGUGGCGCCUCGUAUUACCUGGAAUUGCUUUUCGAGCUGGCAGCCUUGCUGCUGGACCUUUUGCAUCACAUCCACAUGCUUCUCUGGUGCAACAUUCUCUUGUCGAUGGCCUCGCUGGUCAUUUGCAUGCAGCUCAGACUGCUUCUGCACCAGCUGAGAGCCCGCCUGGCCAGGCACCGACAUCGUCUCCGACUGCAGGCCUACAUGAGAAAACAUUUUCCGUCAGCUUCCAAAGAAGAGCUAAAAACUCUUGAUGAUGAUUGUGCUAUUUGCUGGGAAAGUCUUUGCACAGCACGCAAACUACCAUGCUCGCAUUUUUUCCACUCUUGGUGUUUGCAAUCUUGGCUGGAGCAAGACCCAUCUUGCCCAACAUGCAGGAUGACCCUAUCCAUUGGAGACUCAAAUCCUUCGGCAAACCUUACUGCCUCAACUGGCUUUGUGGGGUUAUUAGGCAAUGUGCUGGGAGGCCUAGUGGGCUCCAUUAGAGAUCAUGAUACCCUGCUGGAGAAUGAACAGAGGGAUCAGCCUCAGCAAAUCAACAACAAUGCACAAGUCUUCCACUUUGAUGGAUCUCGAUAUGUUUCGUGGCUGCCCAGUUUUUCGGUGGAAGCUGCACAUUCGCAGUUGGGAGGCCAUGCCGAGUUGAACCCGUCAUCCCAGUUGCACAACAUGGCUCUGCAAGUGCAGCAGAUGUUCCCGCAUUAUCCAUUGUGGGUGCUUGUUGCUGACUUGCGAGUCUCUCACUCCGCAGAAUUGACGGUCGAGAACAUUUUAGAGGGUAGGCUUCUGCCUCCAGCCCCAAUGUUCAACCCGGACAUGACGGAAACUCCAAGAGAUCCUGAGCCAGCUCAAGAACAACCUUCUCUAUUUUCUGAUUGGCAAGAAGAAAGUCCUGCGGAAACAGCAACAGAUCCAUUUUCUCCAGUUGCAUUCUCAGACGAGGCUACAGAAAGGCAAAGAACUCUAGCCAAACGAAGAGAAGCUUUAGUCCUGCAAGCUAGACGAAGAUAUCUGCAGAAGAGCUCAAAUUCCUGUGAAGCUUCUGCUUCGUGCUCUCACGGUGGAAUCUCAUCCAAUACAAUAUCAGAUGCUUCCUCUAGCUCAUCUAAUUAAGUAUUAAGUUUUAUCUUCUUUUCCAAAUCAAAACGCUAGAUUUAAUUUGAGUAGGUUUGACCUUUGGAAAGGGGAAAGUGUUUUGUGUUCAUUGGGACAAAGGUGGGAUUCAGAUUGCAGUCUUCCUUUCCCUCCUGAAAACCAUUUAAUUUACAAGUUCGGCUAAUUAAUUAAGAGGUAGAAAAUGCAUGGAGACUAUUCAUAUUAAAAUCAGAUUAAUUUAAGACAAAUAUCGCCCGACUUCCAUCUCCAAACACCCUAAAAAAUUAAAUUGUGCUGUAUUUUCAAUUGAACGUUUCCCCAAUGAACACAGUUGUCUGUAAACAUUUUUCAUUUUUAUAAUUUUUAUUAUAAACAUAGAGAACAGUAGAUUUUUCAUUAAAUUUACUUUUAUCAUAAUGCCUUUUACAAAACCCUAACAUUUUUUAGUGAGAAUUAACUCAAUAAGUUCCAGACGCAAUUCAUAAUUUGACUUCUAAUUUAGGUUUUGCAAUAGAAACCUGUAAAUAUGUGCCUGAUUUUUCAAGCUAUUGCAAAUUAGCUAUUAUUGUAAUUCAGUAUGCAAGAGGAAACGGAAUUUUGAAAAGACAAUAUAUUACAAGAAAUGUUAUAAUCACACUGUGUGUCCUGACUGAUUUAGGUUGUUACUAUUAAUUUUCUUCUCUCCUGUCCAAUCCUUCUUUUAUUAAGCUUGUCAACACCUUUAAAAGAGCAAAAUAUAUUUUAGUGUGCUGAUUGUGGCAUCAUUUCCAACAAGGAUGCAAAUAACUGAAACGCCAAUUUAUCAAAACAAGCCAUUUUUCUUGUUUUUUUUUCUGAGAAGGAAAAUGCAUCGUGAGUCAAAUGUAUGACUGCAGAGAGCAUAAUAUAUAUUAUUAAAAUAAUGAGAAGUGACGUUCUAAUUUACAACAAUAAAGUAAAUUAUUUAAAUGCAUUAGUGCUUUGAAUGAUUUGUGGAAAUGAUAAAAUGCAAAAAUAAACAUCAAUUGAGCAAAUUUCAA